AUGGCAACCACAUCGAACAUGUUCAUGUAUUCCUUGACGAUCCAAUCUCCUACUGCUGUGACUCAAGCUAUACUCGGCCAAUUUGCGGGGACAAAGGAGCAGCAGAUCGUGACUGCAUCGGGAUCGAAGCUCACGAUCCAUCGCCCGGAUGCCGCGCAGGGCAAGGUCACGCCGAUCUACACGCAGGAUGUCUUUGGCAUUAUCAGGAGUCUUGCCGUAUUUAGAAUUGCUGGGAGUAACAAAGAUUACAUUAUAAUUGGAUCCGACUCGGGUCGUAUCACCAUCAUUGAAUACGUGCCUUCUCAAAAUCGGUUCAAUCGGAUCCAUCUAGAGACCUUUGGGAAAUCCGGAGUCAGACGCGUGGUUCCCGGCCAGUAUCUUGCAGUUGAUCCAAAGGGAAGGGCAUGCCUGAUUGCCUCUGCGGAGAAGAACAAGCUUGUCUAUGUUUUGAACCGCAACGCUCAGGCCGAAUUGACCAUUUCUUCCCCGCUAGAAGCACACAAACCACAGACUAUAGUCUUUGCUAUGAUAGCCUUGGAUGUGGGUUAUGAUAACCCAAUCUUCGCUGCCAUCGAGGUUGACUAUUCCGAGUCUGACCAAGAUCCAACGGGCCACGCAUACGAAGAGAUUGAAAAGCUCUUGGUAUAUUACGAGCUGGAUCUUGGUUUGAAUCACGUUAUCAGAAGGUGGGCAGAGCCGGUGGAUCGAACUGCCAGUUUACUCUUCCAGGUCCCUGGAGGCGCCGACGGCCCUAGCGGUGUCCUCGUAGGGGCUGAGGAUAGUAUCACUUAUCGACACUCCAAUCAAGAUGCAUUCCGCGUGCCAAUCCCUCGCCGAAGUGGCCCAACAGAAAACCCAGAGCGGAAGCGAACCGUUGUAGCGGGUGUUAUGCACAGAAUGAGGGGCGCUUUCUUUUUCCUCCUACAAACCGAGGACGGCGACCUUUUCAAGCUUACGAUUGACAUGGUGGAGGAUGACAACGGCCAGCUAACUGGCGAGGUGCGAAGGCUCAAGAUUAAAUACUUUGAUACCGUCCCUGUUGCAACGAACCUUUUGAUCUUGAAGAGUGGUUUCCUAUUUGUUGCCAGCGAAACUGGCAACCAUCAUUUUUACCAGUUUGAAAAGCUUGGUGACGAUGAUGAGGAAGCCGAAUAUACCAGUGACGAUUUUUCCGCAGAUCAUACGGAACCUCUGUCGCCUGUUUACUUUCAACCCAGAGGGGCAGAAAAUGUCAACCUGGUUGAGAGCAUCAACGCUUUGAACCCGGUUAUGGACUGUAAAAUUACCGAUCUCACAGGGGAUGACUCGCCGCAGAUUUACACUGCUUGUGGAACGGGCGCGCGAAGUUCCUUUAGGACUCUCAAGCACGGUCUGGAGGUGUCAGAGAUUGUAGAAUCCGAGCUUCCUAGCGUUCCGUCGGCUGUGUGGACUACAAAAGUGACGCGUAACGACGAGUUUGAUACAUACAUUGUCCUCUCGUUCACGAAUGGCACGUUAGUCCUAAGUAUUGGAGAAACUGUCGAAGAAGUCACAGAUACCGGAUUUCUAUCGUCAGCACCUACCCUUGCUGUACAACAACUCGGAGAGGACUCUCUAGUCCAGGUUCACCCCAAAGGCAUUCGGCAUAUUCUCGCUGAUCAUCGCGUUAAUGAAUGGCCUGCACCUCAACAUCGAUCAAUCGUCGCUGCUGCCACUAAUGAACGGCAAGUUGCCGUUGCGUUGAGCUCUGGAGAAAUAGUCUACUUUGAAAUGGAUACGGACGGUACGCUGGCAGAAUACGACGAGAAACGACAAAUGUCAGGCACCGUGACAUCUCUGAGUCUAGGUGAGGUUCCCGAGGGUCGCGUCCGAAGCUCUUUCUUGGCAGUUGGAUGUGAUGAUUCGACCGUGAGAAUUCUCAGUUUGGAUCCAGACUCUACACUUGAGAACAAGUCCGUGCAAGCUCUCACAUCGGCCCCGUCUUCCUUGAAUAUCAUGUCGAUGGCUGACUCCACCUCUGGUGGUUCAACAUUGUACCUGCACAUUGGAUUAUACUCUGGUGUAUACCUGAGAACAGUACUUGAUGAAGUGACGGGCGAACUUUCAGACACGCGAACUCGGUUCUUAGGUGCUAAGCCUGUCAAGCUCUUUCGAGUUUCCGUCAAGGGACAAACGGCGGUGCUUGCUCUCAGCUCUCGUCCAUGGCUUGGAUAUUCGGAUAUCCAAACCAAAGGAUUCAUGCUUACACCACUAGAUUAUGUUGGGCUCGAAUGGGGCUGGAACUUUUCUAGUGAGCAAUGUCUCGAGGGCAUGGUGGGGAUACAGGGGCAAAACCUGAGGCAAGUAACAAAUCCCUUUGCGUUUAUCUUUCUAAUCUUCUCUAUCGAAAAGUUGGACAACAAUAUUCUUCAAGAAUCUAUACCUCUCGCAUACACGCCACGACACAUUGUGAGACAUCCUGAUCAACCGCUUUUCUAUGUCGCCGAAGCCGAGAGCAAUGUUCUUUCCCCGGCGACUCAGGCUCGUUUGUUAGAAGACUCGAAGCUACAAAAUGGAGAAGCCGUUAUUCCUCCAGCCGAAGACUUCGGCUACCCACGAGCUACCGGUCAUUGGGCCUCUUGUAUUGAAGUCGUUGAUCCGGUUAGCACAAAGUCUGUAGUCUCACGUCUGGAGCUGGAGGACAACGAGUCUGCUGUCAGCAUUGCGGCUGUACCGUUCGCAAGCCAGGACAAUGAGACCUUCCUGGUGGUUGGCACCGGCAAAGAUGUCAUUGUCAAUCCACGAUCUUUUACUGCAGGAUUCAUUCAUAUCUACCGUUUCCUAGAAGACGGCAAGGAGCUUGAAUUCAUUCACAAAACCAAGGUGGAAGAACCACCUCUCGCUCUUCUCGCAUUCCAGGGACGUCUAGUUACUGGCAUUGGAUCGGAUCUUAGGAUUUACGACCUUGGCAUGAAGCAAAUGCUACGAAAGUGCCAGGUCCAAGCGGCACCCAAACUCAUUGUCGGCCUACAGACACAAGGUAGCCGUAUAGUCGUGAGCGACGUGCAAGAAAGCGUGACGUAUGUGGUGUACAAAUUCCAAGAGAACCGACUGAUUCCAUUCGUGGAUGAUGUCAUUGCACGUUGGACAACGUCGACCGCCAUGGUGGAUUACGAAACAACGGCAGGAGGCGACAAAUUCGGAAAUCUAUGGCUUGUCCGAUGCCCGAAAAAGAUCUCAGACGAAGCCGACGAAGAUGGCUCAGGCGCGCACCUCAUCCAUGAACGAGCGUACCUCCAAGGCACGGCGAACCGACUGGACCUGAUGGUGCACUUUUAUACGCAGGAUAUUCCCACAAGCAUUCAAAAGACACAGCUUGUGGUUGGCGGUCGGGAUAUUCUUGUCUGGACCGGUCUUCAAGGGACGGUGGGGAUGCUGAUCCCAUUUCUUGGGCGUGAAGACGUCGAUUUCUUCCAGAGUCUUGAGAUGCAACUGGCUGCACAAAAUGCACCGCUGGCUGGACGAGACCAUCUCAUCUACCGAAGUUACUACGUGCCGGUCAAGGGCGUUAUUGACGGUGAUCUUUGCGAGACAUAUUUCUUGCUUCCUAGCGAUAAGAAGCUGACAAUUGCGGGCGAGCUGGAUCGGAGUGUCCGGGAGAUUGAGCGAAAGAUAUCGGAUAUGAGAACUCGGGUUGCUUACUAG